CUGGAAGGAGAUUCUGUCACUUUAAACACGGAUGUCAAUGAAGUACGAAAAAAUGAUCAGAUACUGUGGAUGUUUCAAAUUAACAAUUCAGACACUCGUAUAGCUGAAAUCCAUAAACAGGUCAUUUAUAUCGAUGACAGUAUUGUAAUAUUUGGAGACAGACUCCAGAUGGACAGUCAAAAUGGAUCUCUGACCAUCAGAAACAUCAUCACUCCACCUGAAGCAUUGUUUAACUUAAUUUUUUUUAAAUUAAGUAACAUUUCUAUUUCCAUCUAUUCUCUAAUAUUUCCAGCUCCUCUUCCUGUUCCUGUCAUCACCAGAGACACUUCAAACUGUUCUUCAUCAUCAUCAUCAUCAUCAUCUAAACAUUCAUCAAUGUCCAGAUGUGUGUUGCUGUGUUCAGUGUUAAAUGUUAGUCAUGUGACUCUCUCCUGGUACAAAGGAAAACAAUUACUGUCCAGCAUCAGUGUGUCUGAUCUCAGCAUCUGUCUCUCUCUACCUCUGGAGGUGGAAUAUCAAGAUAAAAACACCUACAGCUGUGUGAUCAACAAUCCCACCAGCAACCAGACUCAACACAACACCACUCAACUCUGUCACAGGUGUCCAG